AUGAGACAUGCAGUUAGUAAAACAACAAAUCAUUCUGGAUAUGAAACUUCAUGUAGUAGUAGUAUUAAUCCAUCGAGUAGUUACAAUGGUAGUCAUCCAGCAUCUCAAUCAUCAAGCACUCAUGAAAUCAGGGCUCCUUAUACAAGUGAUUCACCAACUGAAUCAUCAGGUGAAUAUAAUAGAAGUUGUCCAUCAAUAGCUGAUAAAAUUAGAGAUCAGGUAAGUGAUUGUACUAAACAAGCUAAAUCUACUACAAAUCAGACUGGUAAUAAAGCUCGUUGA